GCGGCCUUUAGCUCAUCGAGACCCUAAACCGGUUUCUGGUAGCCUGUUGUCAGUCGGACCUUACUCGGUUCUUUCGAGUUUCUCCAAACCCUGCACAGACAAAGUCCGAACACCCUCACGUCAUUCACAACGAAAAGACCCCAGGCUCUGCUCGACAUGUUCGCUUCAGCUUAAUGCUGCGAUUAUUAUUGAAUGAAUAGUAGUCUAACUGACAAAACACAAGCAUGGCUGAAGGACAAGGUCGAAACUAACAAGUUUGCAUUGCCAGCUCUAUACCGACCCACGAGCUUUAUUACUGAAGAUAUAUGGCGCGCAUGUCCAGCUACCACGAACGGCAAUGAGCAGGCUCACCGCAAUGUUAACCGUGACGGCGUGAACUUGACACUACGACCGAGCAGCGCAGAGCAUUGAUGUUCAUGUGUCAUUGGGCAUUGACACUCGUGAUCGUGAUUCCACUCAUGUUUACCGUGCAUCGAGAAGUAUCACUCGUCAAGCUCUAUCACAGCGCCGCCACGUCACGCAAAAUCCAGUGGUACGACCCGGCGCAGACAAUGAACACCAGGAUGCACUGCAGCAACCAGCGC